AUGUCUGGACGAGGGAGGCCAAUAAUCCGCCGACCGGUCACUCCUCUCGACCCCAGUCUCGCGACUCGUCCAGUGCCACAAGAACGCACAUUCACCGGGCGAUCAUUUGGUCCCGGGGCCACAGCAGAUAUCCACAAGACCGCGCGCCCCCUGAAAGAAAUCGAUCCAGAGGCUGUACCGGAGUCAUUCCAUCCUGCCGAUUGUUUGCAUUAUAACAAUGUGACGAGAAACAAUACAACUCGUAACCUUCUCGAUGUUGUGGAACGCUGGGAGAAUAUACGCUCGGAUGACGGGAAGGUGUUCCUCGAGCGAGAUCCGACAUGGGGAUUCUACGUUUUCGUCACGGAUUACUCGACAGAGGUCUCUGAGAAUAUUCACCAAGCAAUGGAGACGUUUCUGGGCGUUGUCCAGCGUAAGCUACGAUAUUGGACAUGCCUUCCGUAUGCCGAGGAAGCUUUCCUUCGCUUCAAACUUGAUCUAGUCGAGGACCAAGCGACUCUGGAAGGGGCAAGUUAUGAUCGCAUUCGUUCAGAGUUCCGAGCACUCAUUCAAGCCAAAAUUCGGGACUUGAAGUCAUCCUCUGAGGAAUGGGAUGAUAAAGAGAAUUUUGAUUUAUGGCCUCGGGCACGUUAUCAGGCUUGUUUAGUUCUCGACGGAGCGGCGGUAUCGAUGCUAGCUAAUGUUCCGCCUUUUGAGAACUUGGAAGAACAUGACUGUUUUUUGAUAAACAAUGUGGUGUUGAAAGUUAUAGAUAGGUUUUGGGAGCGUCCGCCUCCAGUUGUUCUUUCCCCCGAAGAAUAUCGAGGAUUAGUGGAUUGUUCUAUUGGACGAAUCCCGCUACUCUAUCAUGAGAUCACAUCAUACUCGAGCGGGGAUGCUGUAGAGACAUUCUAUGAGCAUCAACGUCUGGGCCUAUGGUAG